AUGAUUUUGAUGACAAACAAUUUAAGCAAUUCAUCUUUAUUACAUUGUCGUUUAUUGGAAACGUCACUUGGUUGUUCAAUAACGAUUGAAUAUGAAAAAAUUGAAUGGCAAGAAGAUAUACAAUGUAUUAUUCGAUUUCAUGGACGACAUUGCUUAUCAUCUAUGUUUCCUAUUGAAAUAACACGAGAUGGUCGAAUACAAACGAAUUUUGUAUAUAAAGAUGUUGGCGAAAUUAUGGCUAUUGGAAUUGAAUUAUUAUCAAAUAAAGAUAUAGGAUUAUAUAUUAAAUGGAUUGAAAUUAGUAUUCCAAGAAAAUCAUAUUUACAAAGAUUUGAUGUACAACGUUGGCUUCAUUCAAAUAUAGGUGAUGGACGAACACGACUAAUUUUAACUCCAAAUCAAUUACCAGGUUAUGUGCCUAAGAAAAUGCUUGAAAAUAUUGAACAACCAAAACGGGAUAAUGUUAAAUAUAUGUUACUUAUUGAAAUUUCACAAGCAAAAGGUAAUGUUGAUGGAUCAAUGUUAUCAAUCGAUCUAAUCGGAAAAUAUGGUCGAACAUCAGCACAUCGAAUAAAUAUGAAAUAUAAUACAAUUAUACCAUUAGAAAUUCGUACUCGUCCAAAUAUUUUCGAAUUGACUAUGCUCGAUAUUGGUUUAUUAUAUGAAUAUCAAAUAAAACUUGAAAAUAAUAAGCACAAUGAUGGUGCUUAUUUCCUUUCAACAAUGUACAUCUAUCGUAAACAAUAUUAUGAAGUUAACAUUCAACAAUGGAUUGAAAAUGGUCAAACAUUAAAUGGUCAUAUUCGAUUAUUAGAUAUGCCAAUAACAUCAACAUUAUUCAACCAAGUUCAAUCAAAAUCAUCAUUUAUUCUAUGGAUAACUGGUUCGGAUUUAAUUACAAAAGAAAUAACAUUACCAAUCGAAUUUAAAUUUAAUUGUCAAAAUACUAUAAUAAAUCCUGUAGAAGAAACAAUUACUAUUCGAGCUGAUUUUGUAUCAGUUUUAGCUCUAUCAACAUUAAAUUCUAUUACACUUGGAUAUAAUCGAAAAUUAAUCGAUUAUUGUAUAGGAAAAGAAAUCGUUAUUCUUAAUGUUUUUCAAGGUCAACAUUUUUAUUUUCAAUAUAAUAAUGAGUUACCAAAAUCAAUCAAUGACAUGGAUUUUUAUUCUUUUACACUUAAAAAAAAUGUUCUCUCAUCAGUAGCACAUCAUUCUAAACAGUAUGUUAUAUCAAUGUUAACAUCAGAAAAUAAUUUAUCAGAAAAACAUACAAUAAAAAUUGUUCUUCGUGGUGAACGAGGUUUAACAACAAUGCUUUCACU